AAAAGGGAGACUCUCCUCAAAAUCAGCCAAUCAAUCAAUCAUUCCUUCCAAGAGAGAGAUCGCUUUCUCAGUCUCUGUGCAACAUCGAGAGAAAGGAAAGCAUUAAGUGCUGAAUCCUCACUUUUCUUACUGUAAAUAAGUGCCAAAGUUGGUGAGCUUUCGGACGUGUGUUGCUGAGGUUCUGAGUCUUUUGUCAAGGAUUCCUUUUCUUCCCCUAGCAUGGCAACUAAUGAAAAUCUUCCACCAAAUGUAAUAAAGCAACUGGCAAAGGAAUUGAAGAGUCUUGAUGAAUCCCCACCAGAAGGCAUUAAAGUUGGAGUAAAUGAUGAUGAUUUUUCAAUCAUUUAUGCUGACAUUGAAGGGCCAGCUGGGACUCCAUAUGAAAAUGGUGUUUUCCGUAUGAAGUUGUUACUGUCUCAUGAUUUUCCUCACUCCCCUCCAAAAGGCUACUUUCUUACAAAGAUUUUUCAUCCAAAUAUUGCAACCAAUGGUGAAAUUUGUGUGAACACACUAAAAAAGGAUUGGAAUCCAAGUCUCGGAUUACGACAUGUACUCAUUGUAGUUAGGUGUUUACUGAUUGAGCCUUUUCCAGAAUCUGCUCUAAAUGAGCAGGCUGGCAAGAUGCUGCUUGAAAAUUAUGAUGAGUAUGCUAGGCAUGCCAGGCUUUAUACAGGAAUUCAUGCAAAGCCAAAACCCAAGUUCAAGUCAGGAGCUAUUUGUGAAUCAACUACGGCGUUGAAUGUUGACCAGUCUAAUACUUCGGUUCUCAAUGUUGACCAGAAAAAUGCAGCAAGUGGUGCUGCUGCAUUAUCAUUGCCAUCCCCACUGGCCCAGUCUAUCACGGCCACGAAAGGAGGGAAUAACCAGGAUCAGCAGUCUAUAUUUCCAACAACUGAAACAGGAGUGAGUGGAACUGCCCUGGUAGGAACAGCAGGCCCUGCUCUUAAGAAGGAAGGCCUGACGAAAGUUCAGGCAGACAAGAAGAAAAUGGAUGCGAGAAAGAAAAGUCUGAAGAGAUUAUAAAAAAGAUAGGAUAAAGUAAUCAAAUGCCGUUUUUGGAGUAUGCAGCUAAAGUUAUGUUAACGGCUUGGGAAAUUGGUUGUUUUUUGGUGUAAUGGAUGCUUCAAUUAGGAAAGGUGAUGGAUCAAAUUUGCCUGCUCACGUUUCCCGCAUCAUGAUCAUUAUUGUUGUGGCGCUACAAAUUUCAGGAUUUGCCUUAUGCCUAAUUGCAUCAUUGCUCUUAAAACUUUCA